AAUAAAAAUUAUACGGUCUCCUCUUCAACGCACGCAAGAGCACCAAUGGCUUUGGUGAUGGAUAUCCUCCGUUCAUCUCAUAUCUCCGCCGUCCGAUUUCUCGACGGUGGCGGCACUCGAACUCGUAGCUGCAAAAUCCGACGCUUCAACGUAAGGUCAAACCUUCCAUUUCCGAAGCAAAAUGCAAAGUAUCACAAAGAGCUUGAAGCUGCCAUUGAUGUGGUUCAGAAUGCUUGCCGUCUCUGUGUUCAGGUGAAAUCAUCUUUAUUCUCUACUGAUGGGAAGGUUCUUGAAAAAAAUGAUCAGACUCCAGUUACUGUGGCUGAUUUUGGAGUUCAGGCUCUCAUAAGUUUAGAAUUAAGUAAGUUGUUCCCUUCUAUCCCAUUGGUGGCUGAGGAGGACUCUGCUUUCUUGCGAUCAAGAAACUUAGUGGAUACCGUGCUUGAUGCGCUAGUAACUGCUGAAGCUAGUUCCACUAGUAAAACAUUGACGCAAGAUGAUGUACUCAAAGCAAUUGAUAGAGGGGGCAAGGAUGCUUUUGUAUUUGGAUCAAAGCCGGCCACAUAUUGGGUGCUUGAUCCAAUUGAUGGCACACGUGGAUUUCUGAAAGAUAACAAAGCAUUGUAUGUGGUGGGUUUGGCACUUGUGGUUGAAGGAGAGAUUGUAAUUGGGAUUAUGGGUUGCCCUAAUUGGCAAGAGGACUUAUCUGAAAAAUCCUCCGCUGAGACAGAGGAGGGCAGGGAAGCUCUUUCUGGAUCAGGAAUUAUGAUGAUUGCUCAUAAAGGCUAUGGAACAUGGACAAAAAGGUUGAAUAGCAAGCCCAAAUCAUCUGCUGUGUGGACCAGAUGUUUUGUUGAUGCAUUUAACAUGGUACAUAAAGCACGCUUUUGUAUUCCAGAGAGUCAAACAUGGGAGUCACUGCCAUUGUCUUCUACAUUUAAUGCAACUAGCAAUGCAAAUGAUGUAGGGAGCAGCCAAAUUCUUAUUUUGGCGACAUGUUGUGGAAGUUUAUGCAAGUAUUUGAUGGUGGCGUCCGGUAGAGCCUCUGUUUUCAUUCAACGCGAAAAACAGAAGACUACUAUCAAGGCUUGGGAUCAUGCUGUUGGCAUGAUAUGCAUUCAUGAGGCAGGUGGAAAGGUAACUGACUGGGAAGGGAUAGAAAUAGAUCUCGCAGCAGAUCAACCUAGCCGGCGGAUCAUAUUCCCCUCAGGCGGCAUCCUUGCUACCAAUGGCAAUUUACAUAAUCAGAUUCUACAGAUCAUCUCUCAGACUUCAAGAGUUUGAUGUUUUUGAUGCUCAUUCAUUCUAACAUUAUUCGGAAAAGUUACUAUACUGUUUGGUAGCUUAUUAUUUGUAAUCUCUGUCACAUAUAAUACAGCAUAUGGUAUAUAAUUCAUUUCCACUAUUUUUCUAGUGAUUUUAAAGGAUUUGUCUCCUUUAAAAUGAGUAGAGAAUAAAGUGAUGAAAUCAAAUAUUGUAUUAAUAUUUCAAUAUAUUUAUGAUUUGUUAUGCAUGUCUA